AUGGCCGAGAGCGCAACUAUCACCUUCUCUCAGACGGGUGUGCAGCCGCCUGUGUACGUCGUAACGUCUCUUAGCGAUCCGCCAUGGGAGCCGCUAGAAAUGCACGUCGACGAGGCGCAGACAGCAUCUGCGAAUCUGAUAUUCACGCGGCGCUUCGAUAAUGUUGCCGAGGGCGACCACCAGUACAAAAUCCGUAUUGGAGACGGCCACUGGGUCGUGGACGAAUCGAGGGACUCUGCCACGGACGAGCAUGGCAAUCGCAAUAACGUUCUGCAUGUCACAGCCGCAAAACAGAACGACGACCAAAACACAGCCCGUGACGUCCCUCACGAACAUGAGAAGCCGCCCUUUCCUCAAAAGUCCCGUAAAGACAGUACAUUCGACACGAGCGAUGUGAUCCACUUACCCAGUGUCCCUGUUCCUAUCGUCGUUGUCGAAAAAGUUGCAGACGAGGAACCUCCGAUCAAUGGAGACACAGAGCCCCGCGCGCUGCAUGAGGACGUUUCUAAACACUCCGCAGAUGCUCAACCUGAUUUUCAAACAACGAGAGAAGAGCGUUCAGCUACCGAUGAGCAGGCGAAAUUGUCUGACAGGCCUCGAGUCGUGGUUGAGAAGACGGACGACAAGCCUGCCUAUGGCGACGACUUCGGUGCUAAUGCGACCAUCUCACAGAGAGUAGCGCAUGACAUGAGAGCCGCAGACGCAAAGCCUAACAUGCUCGUGAUUACACCGGAUGGCCAUGAAGAGCCUCGCACAGAAGACGAUCAAGCUGCUCCCCUAUUUCGCCAUGAAUCCUUUCAAUCUUCCGAGGCCCAUUCGAGCCCAGUUUUGGAAACAGUUGACGAAGUGUCUACCGACAACACAAGUUCAGAGGAUGUUAUCAAUACACCCUCAGAUCCGGACGAUUCGCAAGGUUCGGAGCUUGAUCAAGCACCCUUGCUGUCUCACGAGACUGGUAUCAAAGACAAAGACUAUGACGAGCUGAAUAAUGGGCCCCUUCUCCCGCAUGAAACUGGAUUGAACGAGGACAUGCAUUCUUCUGACGCGGAUUACGACGAACUCGAUGCUGCCCCACUCCUAUCGCAUGAGACUGGCUUCUCGCAGUAUAAGGGCAGCGAGAUUUCCACUAAGAGUGAGUAUACGAGCGAAGACAUCUCAGAACCUCGACAUUACAUGUAUGGCGAUGAUAAUGAUGAUUAUGAUGACGAAGUUCCCACUUUCACUCACGAGGAUGGUGGCGACGAUGACCAUGUAUACCAGGAAGAUGACACGCCCCUCCUAGCACAUGAGCGCACGCAUGAGCGCGAUUUUGCCACCACCGAGAAUUCUAGCCCUGAAGAGGGCGGCGGGUUCACGUUGAAGAGCCAACCCACUUUUGAAUAUGAGGACGCCGGUGAGUCUGCAAGAGUGUUGUUCGGAGGUAGAGGUCGUCCAGGAAUCUUCAGAGCAAGCACCAACAGCAGCACUCUGCCGAACCGGCUGCCAAAAACGGAUGAAGAAGACGACGACCUCGCCGAUCCAUAUCUCGAGCGAUUCCCUACACGCCGCGAACAGAUUCUAGAGCGCGUGAAAACUAUUGGUCUCCACCUACCCGAAGACGAAUCGACAGAAGAACCCACUCAUUCGCCAAUCGGGUCCGUCUUGUCGCAAGCAUGCUCUUCCGUUGAGCUGGCCCCAGUCAAAUCGUACACCUCGCUGGCAUCCGUCCCAGAAGCCGACGACUCGGAUGAGGAGGAAUACGACGCAGAUGGAGAUGUCGAUAGUCUACCCUCGCCUAUGGUCAUGAAGUUCGGCUCGGCAGCCGCUUUCGCUCGCGAUCCUCACGCCACGCCGAUGCCCAAUGACUCCAGACAACUUGAACCUACAGAAGACGGCACACAACAAUCGUCAAUCGAUUGCUCAAUGCAGUCUAGCGAAGCAGACAACGUGAACAGGACUGAUGGUACAAAGGAAGCUAUUCUGAGCAAGCUUCACGAGGCUAUAGCAUCACCGAGCAACAUGUUGAAUCCUAUCACUCCACCACUAACGCCAGAGAACGAAGCCCUAUCUAUAGGUGACGAUGAGUCUACAACAGUGUCGGAGCCGCAAGUUCGCCGACGUCAGGCCCCGAAAGCGGAAGCAGCGAACGCCACACCCGAAGAUCACAGCCAGGAUGACAGCAACACUCUUGAAGGGGCCGGAACGCCAUCAGGCAACCAGAAAGUCGCCCAUUAUGAGGAGUCCUUCCUUCAGACCUUUUUCCGUGUCGUCUUCGGAUCCGUUGGCCGCUUCUUGGCUGUCUGCGUAGGGGACCGAAAACGUGCUGGGUAA